AUGCAGGCCAUUCAGUUUUCGCAGACCGGGGACGCCUCUGUCCUCCAGCUUGUCGAUAUCCCCAAACCAACUCCCAAGCCCGGCCAGAUCCUCGUGCGCAACCGGUUUGCAGGCGUGAACUUUAUUGACACGUACUUCCGCACGGGGCUCUACAAGACAGCGCUGCCGUCCUCGCUAGGCCAGGAAGCAUCUGGCGAGGUUUCUGCUAUUGGCGAUGGCGUGACAGACUUCAGUGUCGGCGACCAGGUUGCCUAUCUGGCCAACGCGGACGCGUACGCGCAGUUCGCCGCCGCACCCUCCGACAGCGCCGUCAAACUGCCCGCGGGGGUUUCGUUGGAGACGGGCGCAGCGACAUUGAUUCAGGCGCUGACAGCGCACACGAUGGUGACCCGCACAUACAGAGUGCAGCCUGGAGACUGGGUGCUGGUGCAUGCGGGCGCAGGCGGUACUGGCCGGCUGCUGAUCCAGCUCAGCAGGCACCUGGGCGCCAAUGUCAUUGCCACUGUGUCCACGGACGACAAGGCGAAGGUGGCCCGGGCUGCAGGUGCCGACCACAUUAUCAUGUACUCCCACGAGAGCGUGCCUGAGCGCGUCCACGAGAUCGUUCCCGAGGGCGUUCACGCUGUGUUUGACGGCGUUGGCAAGUCUACGUUUGAGGGCAGUCUCGAGUCUCUGCGUCGGCUGGGCACCAUGGUGUCGUUUGGCAAUGCCUCGGGCGCCGUGCCGCCAGUCGACUUGUUCAAGCUGUCGGCGAAGAACCUGACGCUUCUGCGGCCCCGUCUGUUUGGGUACAUUGUGACCAAGGAGGAGAAGCAGCACCAUAUGGGGGAGGUGUUCAAGCUGAUUGACCAGGGCAAGCUCGACAUUCAGGUGUCGGGCGUGUACGAUCUGAAGGACGUCGCCCAGGCACACGAGGACCUGGAGGGUCGGAAGACCACGGGCAAACUUAUUCUCCGCAUCCCUUAG